AUGGCACCAGAAAUUGCAGUUCAAAUCAACCCAGAGCCUAUUCAAAGCUUCUUCAAUAAUCUUGAAUCCCAAAAAACCCUAAUCAACACCAUUACAGACAUCCACCAAACCCUUACCACCCAUUUCUCCACCCUUCAGUCCUCUCUCUCUCAAAAGUCCCAAAAUCUAGACUCUCAGAUCAAAACCCUUGUUCAGGAUACCCGAAAUGCCCUUCAGGACCUUCAGAAUCGCGAGGAUGCCAUCCCGGAUCGCGAGUCAGUUUUUCAGGCGCAAGUUGAGGGAAGGAAGGCAGACGCAAUUGCGGAGAUUGAGAAUUUGAGGGACUUGAAGAACAAGGGUUUANGCAAGAGGAUGGAUUCUGAUGGGCUGGUGAAGUUCAUGAUUGCUAAGAGGAAGGAGGCCAGUGCCUUCAAGCCGGAAAUUGCCGCUGCUGCGGAGGAAUGCGUGGACUCGAUGAGGUUGGUUUUGGAUGCUGUGGAAGAUUUUGUGGGGGUGAAAAUGGAGGGAAAGCCUGGAAUAGUAGAUAGGAGGUGGGCGUGUGCUCUGUUGAUUCAAUCAAUGGUUCCAUUAUCACUAGGUGGUGGUGGUGUUGGGAGGAAUUUGAAGGAGAGGGCAGCCACAGUGUUGGAAAGGUGGAAGAAAGUCACAGGUGCUGGUGAGGAAGGGAAUGGCGGGAUUGGUUCAGGUGAAGCUUCAAUGUUCUUGCAGAUGGUGAUUGGUUUUGGGUUGAAGGAGAAGUUUGAGGAAAAGUUUUUGAAGAACUUGGUGGUGGAUUUUGCAUCUAGGAAGGAUAUGCCGAAGUUAGCUGUGACUUUGGAUUUUGGCAAACAACUAGAAGAUAUAAUUGAUGAACUGGUGAAGAGCAGUAAGGAAAUUGAAGCUGUUUAUUUUGCUUGCGAGUCCGGUUUGACUAAGAGGUUUCCUCCCGUUUCACUGCUUAGGUCAUGUCUUAAGAAGUGCCAGAAAAAUGUUAAUAGCAUAUCAAAGAGUGGAAAUCAUAGUGCGGCUGCAUCAGAUAAAGCGGUUGAUUUAGAAGUAGAAGCUACUAAAGCUAUCAUAAAAUGUGUGGAAGAUCUCAAGCUCGAAUCACAAUUCUCUAUAGACAGCCUCAAGAAGCGGAUUACACAGCUAGAAACGACUAAAGCUGAUAGGAGAAAGAGUACAGGGAGCAAGCCUUCAAACAAGCGCCCUCAUGGAGGUGGUGGCAAAGGAACUGUCCCGUCCUCCUCCCUCCGGCCACCUAAAUCCAGGCGUUUCUCUAAUGCCUCACCUUCUUUCCUUCCCAGGCACAUUUCCCAAUCGCAGCUUGGGCCAGCGGCCCAAUUUGCAGGGCCAUAUACCUAUCCCAGUCAACGUGUGCACAAUGGUCCAGGCAUAUCCUCAUAUGGUUCAGGUUAUGUUGGGGCUCAUGCACAAAGCCGGUCCCCAGCUCCACAACAAUACGCUUAUGUGGCUCAGGAUGUUGGAGUUGGAGUUCCGGGAGGUGGAUCAUAUGGAGGGCAGGGGUCUUAUGGAGGACAGGAUACAUACGGUGUGUACGAUUAUGGUAUGGCAGCUGCUCUUACAUACCCUCCUACAUAUCCACAACAGUAG